GCGCUCCAAAGUGGGCUGCCAGAGUUGCGCGGGUGUGGGGAAGGAGAGUGGGUGACUGUCACAGUCACAGGGGCUUAUUUAAACAGUCGUCAACGAGUUUUAAUAAAUGCUCUCAAAAGACCCCCUGUCAUAAAAGAAAAGCAAGCUAGCAGUCUUCUGGAAACCAUUUCCAAGAUCAUUCUUUCAGCCUGGCAUCGAAACAAAUUAAAUCUUAUAUACUGUGCAGGAAAAAGUUGGAUAUCUCAGGGUGCCAGCAAACUGGGCAGAUAUGGAUGCUGUAACAGCCAGAAGAAACCCAUGUGGACACGGGGAGAACAUGCAAACUCCAGAAAUCGCAUUAUAAAAUCAGUUCCUGAAUGUUCCACAGAGGCUCUGUGUGCGAGAGUCCAGGGACUGCCUGCGGGAACAGAUGCAGUGCAUGAUGAAGACCCUUCAGGAUCUGAAGCAGAUGAGAGGGGGCUGCCGGGCCUCAGCCAAACCAAGCGCCGUGUCCGUAUCCACGAGGGGCUGCCAACAGAGGGUUCUGCAGAGAGAACGACUCGCCCGACUUCGCACCUCGGACACGUCUGAAUCCAGCACUUAUGAUUCGGCUUGCUGCUUGGCUACAACGCAGGAGGAAGAGAAUGAGCGCCUGACUAAGGACUCGCCCAACAGUGAAAAGAGCUUGGAGUUUGACUCUGGUUAUUCUGAAGCCUCUUGGCAAGACGAUGUUGUGGUGCUCAGGAGGAGCCGGAACAUCCGAGUUUCCUCAGGAGCUUGUUUACGCACCAACCGGGCACCAAGUGGUAGAAUAAGGCCAAAAUCUACCUCAGAUGCUUGUAUAGAACGUUGGACCUCUUUUGAGGCAAGCGAUCCCGAAGACUGGACUACCUCUUUACUUACAAGAGGUCGCAACAGGCAGCCUUUAGUCCUGGGGGACAACAGCUUUGCAGACUUAAUUGAAAACUGGAUGGACUUGCCAGAUUGUCCCGAGCCAACAGAACUGAAGCCAAACCCAAGCCGACGCCUGGCGAAGGACCUGUUGCUUAACGUGCGACGUAAACUGACUGGAAUGUCCCGAUUGGCAGACAUACGGGGCAAACAGAUGGACAACGGACAUGUCAACAGGCCAGGAGGUACAAAACGCUUCUCCUGCCCAAUCGGCUUUCAGCUGAGGUCGUCAUACUUUCACCAGUCCCACACAGGACUCCAUGAAAUGGGAAGUGACUUUUAUCAGUUCACAGCACUCAUGAAGACUGGUAGCAGGCAGCCCAUCAUAUGUAACGACAUUAUUGGAUACAUCUGAGCGUAUUUCAGUUCCGCCUACAGUAUUUGGUGUCAUGUUCAUGUCUGCUUGUAUAUAGAAGCUGUUGUAUUUUAUUUUUUUAAAACAAAAUUCACAAUUUUCUAUUUCUUAAAAAUAAACCAAAUGCUUUUUUCUGU